AUGGAGAUGGAGAAUAGUUUGAAUGGUAGCUCUAGAAAGAGUAGCUUCAGAAAAGCCAGCUCUAGACUGGAAAGUUUUAGGCUGAGUUUAGGAAGAAAAGAUCAUGAGACAGUGAUUGAGCUUGGUAAUAUAGACACAGAAAUACUUCUCUUUGAAAGUGGAGAGAUGAAACAGAAACAAAAAACUGCCACAAACACUCUUUCUCCUAGGCAGAUGAAAUCUGUCAUUGCUCUAGCAGACACUAUCUUGCCUUCUAUCAAUGACUUUGAUCUUCCGGACGACGACGACGGUGCCGCCGCCACUUUCUACCGUAUUUCUGCAUCCAUGGCUGGAACACCCGAACUUCUUGGGGGUGUAAUAAGUGAAAAAUUGAUUCAUCCGAUGACAUGGGUGAUGAAGCUGACGUUGUGGUUUCUAUCUACGUGGAUUGGAACAGUCGCUUUAUGUGGCAUGGGUUGCUUAUCUACCAAGUUCCCUUUUAUCCAAGCUUUUCCUGAUUUGCCGCUACAUAAACGCCAACAGAUUUUGAACGAUUGGUCUCAUAGUUUUUUUCGUCUCCUUAGAAUGUUUUACAGAGCGAUAAAACUUCUCACUCUUCUAGUUUUCUUCACUCAGGUAGAUGAAUUAGAAGAAAAUUGUUCUUGGAAAGCAAUUGGAUAUUGUGGACCUGAUCCAGAAUUCAAAGCUCAUUUAAACAACCAUUUUCUACACUCUGACGACGACGACGAAGAUAAUGCUGAACAAGCCAUAGGACCUCUUUACAAAGGUCUUGUUCAUCUAAACCAUCCGCGAGACAUCACUGUCGAUGCUCUAAGACGAGUCGGAUUCCCUGUCUCGGUUAAUCGUCGAAAGGCAAAAGCUUCUGCAAAUUUGUCGUCGCCUUCUUUAGUUAUACAAUGUGAUGCUGUGGUGGUUGGUUCUGGGUCGGGAGGCGGAGUUGUAGCUGGAAUUCUAGCGAAAGCUGGUUAUAAAGUGUUGGUUUUGGAGAAAGGUGGAUAUUGUGCUAGGAACAAUCUUUCGCUUCUUGAAGGACCGACGAUGGAUCAAAUGUAUCAAUCGGGUGGUUUGGUUGCGGCUGCUGAUAUGAGUGUGUUUAUAUUAUCGGGUUCGACUGUUGGUGGAGGGUCUGCGAUUAACUGGUCUGCGAGUAUCAAAACACCGCAGCAUGUGUGCAAGGAGUGGUGUGAAAAACAUGAGCUGGAAUUGUUUGAAAGUGAGAUGUAUCAAGAAGCGAUGGACGCGGUGUGCGAGAAAAUGGGAGUUCAAUCUGAGAUAGAAGAGGAAGGUUUUAACAAUGCAGUUUUGAGAAAAGGGUGUCAAGAAAUGGGAUAUCCUGUGAGUAACAUUCCGAGAAACUCUUCCGCGGAUCACUACUGUGGCUGGUGUUGCUUGGGGUGUAAGGAUGGAAAGAAGAAGGGUACAUCGGAGACGUGGUUGGUGGAUUUGGUGAAGUCGGGGAACGGAGUGAUUCUUCCGGGUUGUACCGCGAUGAAAGUUUUGCAUAAGAAAAAGAAAGGAAGUGGCGAAAAGAUCGCUCGAGGAGUAGUGUUUGAAUUUGAAUACAAAGGAAGUAAAGACAUUUGUGUGGUGGAAUCUAAGGUCACAAUUGUAGCUUGCGGAGCACUCAAUACUCCGGCUUUGCUCAAAAGAAGCGGAUUGAAAAAUAACAAUAUCGGGAGAAACUUGCAUCUUCAUCCGGUGGUAAUGGCUUGGGGCUACUUCCCAGAUGAACCUGUAGACACGGGUGCAUCUGAGGUGUGGCCCGAGAAAUGGAAGAAGAGCUACGAAGGAGGGAUAAUGACAGCAAUGUCAUCAGUUGUCGCGGAGUUUGACAAAUCAGGAUACGGUGCGGUCAUUCAAACACCAGCAUUGCAUCCCGGUACAUUCUCGAUUGUCAUGCCAUGGCUUUCUGGACGCGAUAUGAAGGAUAGAAUGCGAAAGUUCUCAAGAACGGCUCAUGUAUUUGCACUUGCAAGGGAUCAGACUUCUGGAAAAGUGCAUUCGCCGAGUCACAUCAGUUAUCAGAUGGGAGAUUUAGACGAAGCGAAUCUACAGAAGGGAAUCGAUAAGGUACUGAGAAUUUUAGCUGCAGCUGGCGCUGAAGAAAUCGGAACUCAUCAUAACAAGGGAAAGACCUUAAAUGUAAAGAAGGCAAGUUAUCACGAAUUUGAGAAAUUCGUUACAAAGGAAAGCUCAAGGCCAAUAAAAGACCUUUCAACUCCAGUGUGCUCAGCACAUCAGAUGGGAACUUGUCGGAUGGGAUCUGAUCCGACACAAUCUGCGGUGAAACAGACAGGGGAAACAUGGGAAAUGGAGGGUCUUUAUGUAGCAGAUACAAGUGUGUUUCCAACAGCUUUGGGAGUGAAUCCAAUGAUCACAGUUCAAUCAAUUGCUUACUGCACUGCACAAUCUGUUCUUCAUGUUCUAAAAAGGAAAAGAAGUAAAUGA